AUGAGCAACUGUUACAAGAUCAAUGGCUGCAACAAUGAACCCAAUAUUUUGGCUAUCAUUUUUGACUUAGAUGGCACACUUCUCGAUACUGAAAGGGUUACAAGGGGUGUGUUGAAUGAGUUUAUGGGAAAGUACGGGAAGGAAGUGAAUAAGGAAAGGGAAGAAAAAAAGAGGCUAGGGAUGACACAUAAGGAAUCAGCGGCUUUAAUUGUUAAGGACUAUCAGCUCCCAUUAACACCUGACCAAUUUAUCAAAGAAAUUAACCCUCUCUAUAUUCAAAGGUGGAGAGAAGCGAAAGCGUUGCCCGGUGCUAAUCGAAUCAUCAAACAUUUUUUUUGA